GUUUUUUUUGGUUACAUAAUAACAUUAAAUUCAACUUAACUUGGGUAACUAAAUUAACUCCUCCUGGUAUUUAUAUGUUUCUCUUCUUCUUCUUCACUCUCUAGUACCCUGCUCAAUCCAUAAUUAGAAACACUGAAUCAAUCAAUGGCACCCCUCCAGAAGAAAUUAAAGAAGACAAAGAAGACCAAUAAAAACAAACAAGUGAGCUUGGUUGUCCCUGUUGAACCCAAAACCAACGACACCGAUUGGUGGGACUCUUUCUGGCACAAAAAUUCUACUGCCCCAGGAUACUCAGUACCUAAUGAUGAGUCACAAGGGUUUAAGUAUUUCUUUAGGGUGUCAGAGACAACAUUUGAAUACAUAUGUUCACUUGUGAGGGAGGAUCUCAUUUCAAGGCCUCCAUCAGGGCUUAUCAAUAUUGAGGGAAGGCUUCUUAGUGUUGAGAAACAGGUUGCUAUUGCUCUUAGAAGGUUAGCAUCGGGUGAAUCUCAAGUCUCGGUUGGAGCUUCUUUUGGUGUUGGUCAGUCGACGGUUUCUCAGGUGACUUGGAGAUUCAUUGAAGCACUCGAGGAACGUGCCAAGUGUCAUCUCAGUUGGCCGGAUUCCAAUAGAAUGCAGGAAAUCAAGGUUGGUUUUGAAGCGGCGUAUGGUUUGCCUAAUUGUUGUGGUGCCAUUGAUGCAACACACGUCAUGAUGACACUUCCGGCUGUUCAAACUUCGGAUGAUUGGUGUGAUCAAGAAAAGAAUUACAGCAUGUUGAUACAAGGAAUUGUUGAUCAUGAAAUGAGGUUCAUUGAUAUUGUCACAGGUUUGCCUGGUGGCAUGACAUUUUCAAGAUUAUUGAAAUGUUCGGCUUUUUUCAAACUCUCGCAGAAUGGGGAGCGUUUGAAUGGAAAUGUAAGAAAUUUAGGCGGAGACGUGAUAAGAGAAUAUGUUGUUGGCGGGUGCAGUUAUCCUCUUCUUCCGUGGCUUAUGACGCCCUAUGAAAUUAACGGCGUAUCAGAUUCACAGUCCACUUUUAAUCACAAACAUGAAGCUGCAAGACUACUUGCAGUGAAGGCAUUUUCGCUGUUGAAGGGGAGUUGGAGAAUCCUUAGUAAGGUUAUGUGGAGACCUGAUAAGAGUAAAUUGCCCAGCAUUAUCUUGACUUGUUGUUUGCUUCAUAAUAUAAUUAUUGACUGUGGAGACACCUUAGAUCCGGAGGUUGCAUUGUCUGAUCAUCAUGAUUCAGGAUAUCGAGAACUGUAUUGCAAGCAAGUUGAUCCUUCAGGAAGGACCAUGCGAGAAAAUUUGGCCAAGCAUUUACAACAUGGUAUGCAAUUAGAUGCUCUUGGUACUUCUGCUACCUCUGUUCAUCUUAUUUAGAAUAUAUGACUUUUGGCCUCGGCAUUCUGUUGUUGAACUUGGAGAGUUUCUUUUUUUUUUUGGUUGAGAGUUGCGAUUAAGUAAAGCUUCUCUUAUCCGCUUGUUUUUAGUGAAUGUUAAUUAUUGUUAUUAUUGGAAGAAAUGUUGUUGUGCAUA